ACCCGCGUGCCUUUGCGAAACUUAUACGCGGUACCACUCCGUUAAGAUCAUCAUUUACUCGAGUACAGUCUUCGGCGGUACCCCGACUUCUUGGCUGGUACCCUCUAAAAUAACACGCUAACUUUUACUCGUGGUGGUUCCACGCGCGUGCAUACGCCACCCGAAAAAAAAAUGCAUUUCUUCGCGCGGUCGUUGCUAUUGCUACUAUUUUCUGUGAAUUUGGUGUUUGCACAAAAUGUGGAUAUUUUUCCUGAUUUACCUUUGGGGAUUAUUGAGGGUGAAAAUGUGCUGUGCAAGGAACAGAGUAGGAUUUAUUUGGAGGCUUUGAGGAAUUUGAGUUUGUGGGCUUAUGAAAUGCGAGACUCGACGGCAAAAUCAGUACAAGGUAUUCUGAGAGGCAGCAUAGCGCAAUUCGGACAGUUCGAUGAGUGUUUGUCGGCCAAGGCUCCAUUUGCGACUCAGUACUGCGUCACAACUUUAGCCGCAGAUGUACCAACUCCGAGAAAUCCAAGGGAUCCCAAGUCGUUGUUUUAUGAAACGAACGAGUCGGUUAUAAAUAAAAUUUAUGACAAGAACGACCCUUCACAGCAACCCGAAAACGCUGUCCUAUUAGGCUGGUGCGUUCCAGCGUCAUGCAAUCCGGAAGAUCUCCAAGAGUACUUAAAUAACUAUCUAGCCACAGUCGAGACUCCUUUAACAAAAGAAAAUGUCUCUUACAUGUCGAUUAUUGGACCACAAAGUUGUCAGGCGCAAAACAAUGGAAGACAAUGGGAUCAUGUGGAUAUUUCAUUCGUACUUACUUCUGGAAUUAUUUUACUGUUGGUAAUAGCUUCUACAGCUUGUGAUGUAAGAUGGACCAAUGAAGAAAAAUUAUUUAGAGGUUCUCCCUUGAGAUCUUUAUUGGUGUCCUUUUCUCUACGAAAAAAUUAUCCAAAAUUAGGCAAAAGUGAAGAUUCAAAUCCAGCAUUAAAAGUACUAUACGGCAUGAGAGUUUUCUGUAUUUGCAUGAUUAUUACUGAUCAUCGUUUUGGUACAUUCCUGAGUAGCGGCAUAUUGAAUUUCAAUACUGUAGAAGAGCAAUAUAGAUCAUUCUUUGGUACCCUUUUCUUCCAUGGAGAUCUUUUCGUAGAUUCUUUCUUUAUAUUGAGCGGAAUUCUAGUAACUUACUGCCUUUUGGUACAAUGGGAAAAGAAAUUUUUGAAUCCAGCUUUUAUAAUUAUUUUAAGAUACAUAAGGAUGACGCCCUUAUAUGCAUUUGUAAUCUUCUUCUGUGCGACCCUAUUCGAUUUUAUUGGAUUCGGUCCCAUGUGGACAACCAUAAUAGCUCCAGAAGUACAAGAUUGUAGAAAAAAUUGGUGGACAAAUUUACUUUAUAUCAGCAAUUACGUCAAUGCAGAUCAUAUGUGUAUGGUCCACAGUUGGUACUUAUCCUGUGACUUCCACUACUUCAUCGUAGCCCUGUUCAUGACCAUUCUAAUACACAAAAUGAAAAAAACAGGCCUAAUAGUUUUGGGUUUAGUGUUUGUAGCUUCAAUAAUCAUACCGUUUGUAAUUGUGUUUAUUCACAAAAGACCCGCAGUACUGUUUUUCUAUUUAGACUUUAUCAGAAGUCCGAAAACACAUCCAGACUUUUUGCUGACCUAUAUAAAAUCUCAUGCCAGAAGUACACCGUACAUUGUGGGAAUGAUUGCUGGAUAUAUGUUUUACAGGAUGAGGCAGCAGAAAACAAAUGUUAAUUGGAUUAUGUCUUACCUCAUUUUCACAGUCUCAAUCACUCUAAUGGUUGUGUCAAUAGUAACUGGAGCAAUUUUCUACGAUCCCUAUUAUCAAUACGACACUCUGGAUGCGGCAGCGUAUUCUUCUAUGCACAGGACUGUAUGGUCUAUAGGAAGCAUUGGAGUCCUCUACGUGGCAAGUUAUGGACAAAUUAAAUGGGUCUAUUCUUUUCUGUCCUGGAAACCUUGGGUACCGUUAAGCAAGUUGGUAUAUGGAGCCUAUUUAGUACAUUUCCAGAUUCAAAUGCGCGGUGUUGCUAAAAAGGGAGCUGCUGAUGUGACAUCUUAUUUUGAUAUUAUAAGUUUUGCUGCUUCGGACAUUGUUCUAUCUUUUGGAUUAGCAUUUGUGCUCUAUUUAGCAAUUGAGGCACCAUUCAGAAAUAUAUUUUCAGUGUUGUUUUUCCCACCGAAAGAUAAUAAAAAAGAUAAAUCUAAUAGUAGUAACAAUAACAACAAUAACAGCGAAGAAAAUUUGAGCCAAUCGACCUGUGAUAGUCAUCUUUAGCUUUUAGAUAAUAAAUUAUUGUAUGUAUGUAUAAGUUUAGAUAUUUAAAUAUUAGGUUUUAUAUUUUUUUUUGUUUAUUUUUAAUAAUUAUUUUUGUACAUAGCUUAUGUAAAUAUUGACAAAAAAUAUAAACUCUGUAGCUGCACUCUUUUUAAUUUAUGAAUGAACAGCUCCAGCUAGUCCUAAAUACUUAAAGUCAGGAAGUCGAUUCCUAAUAGAUCACAUGUAUGAUUUCCAAUAAGUUAAUUAUUUUGUAUCGGCAAAUUUCGUUAAAAUUGGGUUCGUUCUUUGAGAAAAAAGUUCACGCGCCCUAUAAGUAACCGAAUUUGCAUUUAGUUUUAAAAAUUUGUAAUUUCAUAUAGGUAGGUACUAAAUUUUUUUACUGAAUAAAAUAA